CAAUUUUCCGAAAGUGCGCGAGGGUAUUAUCGAUUGGAUUUUCCGCAGUGGGGUAUCGAUUUGAAAGUGCACGAAGGGCUGACAUGAGCCUGCAGAGCUGAGUUGCCGGCAUUCGAGCAUUUGCUGGAAUGUUUAUAAUUUUUCGCCUAAUCUCCGGUUUCUUGCUACCCCCUAGUCCUGUUCAGAACCUUCGUAUGUGCACCCGCAUGUCGCAAUACUCCAGAGGUAUUUAAGUUGCAAUGCACCCUUCGGGAGACUGAUGGAGAACCUCAUUAGUCAACCUGCAACAUGUAUAAGUGAUCGAAAAUAAGCCCCACUGAGUAAAGGGGGGUGCUUUCAAGAAAACCCCACGGAACGGAAACCCAAUCUAAUUCUCCUUAUUUGGCAACACAGUUACUUGAAAGGUGGCGCGUCGCUGGCUAGCGACGACUUAGCUACACACCUCGUGAAAGUCCGCAAACUUGUCGUUCAACCCUCACAGAAUGGGCUGCUGAAUGAACGCGAUUUUUGAUUCACCGCGAUGCCGAAGAAGAAGCCCACGCCAAUCGAAGAUCUAGUGAUCCCCCCACAGGAUACGAGAAUAUGCGGAACGAUUUGUCUCUGCCAAAUGACACUAGUGCUAAGCAGUGUAGCGAUAGUGUAUCUAACAGUGGCGAUUUAUGUGCCCUCAACCAGAGCUCUGCAAUCGGGCAUAUCGGAGCACCCUGUGAUGUGUACCACUGUUCGAGCCUUGACUGUAGAAACUUGCGAUUGGGGGUCUUGUGGCGAGUGGUGUCUUAGCAAAACUUCUGGUUCCUGCAUCCAAAUUUACGUGAAUCUCAGGCGGAACGGGUCCAACCUUCUUUUAGCCAAUUGUACCAACAUUGCUCAGAAAUUCUGCUAUGGCAAAGACCAGGAAGUUGCCAAGAAAAACCGGUGCAUCGCGGAUGAAUGCAAAAAUCUUACGGGCACAUUCAACUGUACCACGGGAACUUGCAUUGACAUCACCGACUCUUUCGAGUGUGUUUAUAAAGACACUGACCCUCCAUUGAAGUGUUCUGGACGACGUGGUAAGAUUACCUGCAUAGACUUGCACGGGCUGUAUAACUGCAAUCGGGGCACAUGUGAAAGAAUUAGGUCGCCAUACAAUUGCGACAGACAGUGUGGCGACAUCCCGACCCGGAACAAAAACGUGAUUAUGAUGAGCGGGGAUGAGGUCUAUUUGUCGCAAUGUCAGCGUUGUAUAGAUCUGGAUUCGGGAAAGGAAGUCUGGAAUGAAUCUGAGGAGAAUAUCGUGAUGGCCUCGUGUCUCAGCGUGGCGAACACCACCAGAGGUUUGGAAGCAACCGAUUGCAUCAACGGAAGCUUGCUUGCGACUAAUGUUUUAGCCGACAUGGCCAAUUUUACUUAUCUCAGCUACCUCAGUGUCUUCAAUACAGUUGUCCUAGAUAAGGACCGCAAGGUCGCUCCUCCAGAACCCGAUCUGCUGAUAGCUAAUGACAGCAAACUCCUUAUUAAUCUUGAAGGUUGCGUCAAUACCUUAAGAGACGAGUGCAAGGACUUUCUGAAGAUCUACGGAAAAGAUGGAACCGACCACAACGCCAGAGCUAGAUUUCCAUGUUACUACUCCACAGAUAAUACGGAGAUCGUGGUUGCUAGAUUCGACUUGGAAACCACCACAAAGCAAUUUAUAAUCGCUUCUCUUUUGCCCACCACCCUGUUCAUAGUUUCUUGUCUCACACUGAUAUUUUGUCAACGAACAGUAGUAGUGGGCGAUGACGCAAAAAUGCGCUUUCAGGGAUGUGUGAAAUCUGAACCAGAAACUACCAUUGAAAAGGCGGCAUCCAGUAAUAAUAUCAAUGAUAGAAGCGGCGGAAAUUCUAUUAUGGCGCUUUGAGAUCAGCAACGCGUUCCCCUCUUGCUGGAUCGAGAUUGAUGCAGUCGAUAGUUAGACGAAAUAAUUGCCUCCAUCUGCUAGGGGAAGGCGUCAGUAUCAAAAUCCUGUUCACGAUCCUUUGCUUCACUUAACUUGAACAUAGCGAAGCAUGUCCAAAUCAGCCCUCACGCUGAUAAACAUUGCGGAAACCGCAAAAUUCUACACGUCGUUAUGCCUGGGAACCACCGCAUUUGUAUCAGUGUUCGCAUUUCUCUUCCUUAUACCAUUUGUGGUGGACCCAGCCAUCAACAGCCUUUUGGCAAAUUAUGACCCACGACCAGUCACUUGCGUAGCAACGACUCACGUGUACGCUGAAGGUAUUUCUAAUUGUUCUUGGUCAUCUUGUAGAGAAGGUUGUACGAGGGAAGCUACCAGAUGUCACCAGAUUUAUGUCAAUUACAGCAAAGUACCUUUCAGCCAGUACAAAAAUCAGAAAUUGCAUUGGGACGUCUCGGACACCCGAUUUUUAAUUAACACUGAAGGCUGUGGGUAUCCGCCCUCAGUAAAUUGCUCCCAAUUCGCCAAGCAGUACGGCUAUGGGACUGCAGGCACUGCUUUUCCUUGCUACUAUAGUAGAGUCUAUUCGGAGAUGGUGGUAUCGCGAUACUCCUGGGACGACACUUUGCGGCAUCUCGUACUUUCUUUAGCGAUUCCCAACUUACUUUUUGUAGCGUCUGUAGGAGUGUUGAGCUACUGGUACUGUCCGGGCUGUGGUCGAUCUUGCCAGAAAUACAUGUAUCAUUUUCCUGAAGAAUAGACCUAAAGCCCCUACAAUAUUACGUAAUAUAAUAAUGAGGAUAAAAAAUAAAACUGUGCUUCCUUCAAGACUAUUUGCUUGGUCUCCAUUCUAAUCACCUCUAGCUUUUCAUCAAGAUAUAAGGCACACACGACGGAGCACAGUUUUUAUUUAUUUCUAUAAAAUAAAUCCCAAAACCACCCCCAAGUUGAAAAUUGCUGUAAUAGUGUUCAAGCAAUAAUACUGUUUAUAAGUUAAGCACAACUGUUAGCGUGGUACUUAAAGCUGCUACAAUUCUGCAAAGAUUUAUUCUACUAGAAAAUCUAGCAGUGUUGCAAGCAGAAGUAGUGAUUUUUUGUCCAAACCCAUAAUAAUCAAUUUGUUUUGAUAUAGACUACUACUUGAAAUGUAUCUUUGGUAGUAAUGCUUGGAAAGGUUUAUCCACGGAUCAGUACAACAGUUGUAGAUUUCCUACAUGCAGAUACGUAAAAUCAAAUAAAUAUCACUUAACAUAGCAAUAUUUAAGUACAUAUAAAUUUUCUAUUUUUAGGUAUAAAGUACAACAUGUGCAGUAAUUGGCGGUGAAUGGAGUAUUGGGUUUAUUGGACCAGCAUUUUGCGUUGUUUUUCUAUUAUGCUCAAAAUCAAACCAUCUAGCGAUACUCCAUUCAGCAUCAAAUGCUCCACCUAAUUUCAGUUAUUUGCAUUGAAAUGCAUCAUAUGUGAAUUUCAGGGAAGUUAAAUUGUUAUUGGCAAAUACCAGGCUUAUCUAGUCGUUGUAUGUAGUUUAACAACAUUUUCAAUUGGACUAAAGCUCUCAAGAUUAAUCACAAUGUCGCUUAAACUUUGAAUGCGCUUUCGUUGAAAUCAAAGGAUUUGCGACUUUCUAAGCGGUCUUAGAUUGAAAAGUACCUCUUGAAAUCUAGAUAUUUGAUAAGAAGCGCGUAUUAUAAAAAUAUUUGUAAAUAGGAUAUAUUGUUAAAAGUUUUAAAGUUCGCCCAAAUAAAGCCUUUUUUCUCUAGUA